AACCUCAGCUUUUCGAGCUCAGAUCUAUUCCACAUCUCAACGAUUAUCAUCUCCAUCAUCAGCAGCCAUGUCCUCCUGUUCUCUCCUGCUGGUUCUCCUGGGGCUCUCCUGCCUUCAGUCCUUCACCAUGGCACAAGCUGCGAGUGGAGCAGAUUUGUGCUGUUUUGAGUUCCACAAGAGACCAAUUCCUGCAGCGAACAUUGUCACUGUUAAUGAAACGAGAUCUGACUGUACACUUCCUGGAGUCAUUUUUACUACAAAAAAGGGAUUCCGGAUGUGUGUGGACCCUGAGGUGGAUUGGGUGAAGACGAUCAUUGAGACCAAAAACCGAACAAACAGGCCUGAGAGCAUCCCUUCAUCUUCCACGAAUUCGCUUUGAGUUGCAGAACGCUUCAUUUCAUCAACAUGUUUCUUAUAAUUUGAUCUUCUUGAAUGUAACAGAACAAAGCUUUUUUUUCAGCUGCACUCACUGAUUUAUCUGAUCUUCUGCCCAAAUAAACAGCAUUUUUGUUACA